AGAAGAUCAAACUCAACAGUAUGACCCAAAUAAUAUGGUUAUGAUAAUCACUGGAAUAUUUGUAACAAAUUUUCGAGGAAAUAAUACAGUUUCUUCUAGCAGCGCGUCGAGAGUAUAUAUCAACAUUGAUGAUCCAAAGGUGAAGGAUUUAUCUCAGAGGAAUAUUAUUUCAUUUGCGAAGUUAUUAUCAUUGGUAUUAUUGAGCAUAUGAAAUGGAGAUACAGUGGUUGCCCUGAUUGUUCAAAAAAAUCUUUAAUAGCUGGUAAUUCAUUCUGGUGUGAGAAAUGUAACAAACAAGUCAUGGCACAAAACUGUUAUAAGAUAACACUAGAGGUCGAAGAUUAUUCAGCCGUUUCCACAAUAACAUUAUUCAACAGAGAAGCUGAGAAAUUGUUUAAGGUUUCUGCUGAUGAAAUGGCUAAGAAUUUGGUGAAGAUUAAAGGAAAGGAAGUUUUCCCACCAUUGAUUAAGGGGAUUGUGGGUAAGAAAAUUAAAGUUCAGAUUAAGCUUACUAAAUACAAUUACAUUGAGGGUAAUGAAGGAUUCACAGUUAUGAAACUGAUAGAGGACUUACACGACAGAAAUAAAGAAAGCUACAUCGAAAAUACACCACAGGAUGUGUUCGCCCAGCAAAAUUCUGACGUUAUUAGCCUUACUGAAGAAGGACCACCAACAACUCCAUUGACUACUCCUAUUUCAAAAUCUGUUUUGAAAAAUACUACUAACGUAAUGAUAAAACCAAAGAUUGAGAAGGCAGUAAACAACAAUUUGGUUGUAAAUAACAGCAUUGAAGUGGAAGAAAAGUCUGGUAAUAUUGAGCAACUCAAAUUGCCAAUGCAAGAAGGAAAUAAGAAAAGGAGAACCAAUCGAAGCGGUGGAAAAGAGAACUAACAGGUGGAAGACUUCACAACAACUUCUGAAGAGUUUUCAACCUAAGUUUAGUGUGCAUAUUUAUGUUGCUUAUGUUUAAUCAUAUUAUGUAGUUUUAAUUACGCAAAA